AUGGGGACGAAGGAGGUCUUCGUCAAUAUGGCCCCGAGUGGCGACGUGAAGCAUGUGCAUGGCUUCAACGGGGCUCUGCAGACGGAUGAGGGCCGCAGCACAGUCGCUCUGCAAGGGGAGGCCGGGAAGCAGGUCCUCAUCCCCGACGUGCUCUACGUUCCGGGCGCGCAGGCAAACCUGCUAUCAGCCGGUCAGCUGCAGGAGAGUGGUGUGAAGCUGCAAGACGUCGGCGACGAGAUGCAGCUCGUGUCGAGUGCAGGGAAGUUACUCGGUCGAGCACGCUACACUGGCUGUGUCAUCUGCACCGACCUUCGCCCCUAUUCGACGUGGCCGCCGUCGACCGAGGUGGUGGCUCUGCGGACGAUCGCCUCAGCGACGAAGUCAACCCCCGCCCGGUGGCACGCGAGGCUUGCGCACGUCGGCGUCAAUACGAUCAAGAGCUCGGCGAAGCGCGACUUUGCUACCGGCCUCAACAUGAAGCCGUCGACCGGAGCUGACUUACCGUGUGUCUCGUGCGUCGGCGGGAAGCUGGCGCGACACACCUUUCCUGACAAGUGCUUGGACGCCGAUGAUGCGUUGGCUGUCGUGCACAUUGACUUUUGCGGGCCAUUCCGGCCGGCCGCUAAGAAGAGCGACGUGCUGCGGGAGUUCGAGAAGUGGCUGGUGCUGGUGCUGGUGGAGCGGCAGACGAAGAAGUCGGUGCUGAUGCUCCGCUCUGAUCGCGGCGGCGAAUGUCUCAGGAAGGCGUUCACCAACUUCGUCGAUGGGAAGGGCAUCGUCCACGACCUGUCUUGCCCGUACACUCCGCACCAGAACGGCAUGGCUGAGUGGGAGAUGCGCACGGUCGUCGAGUCCGACUAG